AUGGCGCCUGAAAAGCCUGUCUCAAAGGUCGCGGCCAAUUCGCGUUCAGCCGUUGAGAAUCACCGCGCGAGCAACAAGCACGAUCAGAAUAAGGCCUUGGAGAAAGUGCAGAUUCCGGCUGCAACCAAGUCGAAAAAGGACCCAGGAGUUGAUAAAAAAGCCUUAAACCGUCCUCCUCCUCCGCCCAGGCGUUCUGCUACCCAUCAACUCCCUUCCGAAGAGCAGAAGAAGGCGAAUGGCCGAUACACUGGCCGCCGGCUGGUACAAUGGAACCGUCAGCCGGUUGCCGAGAAGUUCUUGCUCGCACUCGCUUUUGAAUGCGAAAAGAAGGGCAUCGAAUUGCCAUGGGAUGAGGCUGCCCAUAGAUUCCGGCCCAAUGUCACUGGCAAUGCGGCCAGACAGUAUGUCACGAAGAUGUCUAAGCGACACCUCGAGGAGGGACGAGUCGUCCCCCCACGAGGGGACCUCAGACGCUUUGACAACCGAGACACCUGGGGAGUUGUCCUUGAUAAGGACACAGGCGAACCGCGGGCUGUCUCCUGGGACGAGGAAGUCAAUGAGCCCGACAAAUUCCUCGUCGAUGAGCAGACGGUCACGAUAGAAGAAGAGGAAGAUGCUGCCUUGGCUCUGACCCAGCGCCCCUCAAUGGGCCCGUCAUUCGAGGACUACCCGCAACAGGGAGCAUCCCAGCAGCCAAUCGACCCUGCCCUGGGAGGAUUUCCUCUCGUGGGAGCAUUUCCUCAGAUGGGAGUUCCUCAGAUGGGAGUUCCUCAGAUGGGAGUUCCUCAGAUGGGAGUUCCUCAGAUGGGAGUUCCUCAGAUGGGAGUUCCUCAGAUGGGAAUCCCCCAAAUGGGUUUCCCAAUGGACUCCGAUCAUGCCUUCAGCAUGAUGCCGGCGGCGAACCCACUCCCUUUCGGUGAUCAUACAGAGCUCCCGGGAGCACAUCAAUUCGCGCCGCAGCCCAGCACGCUGGCUAGUGUCCCCGAUCUCAACUGGGAGCAGGACAUUGGAAGUGCCGACAAUGGCAGUGAAUUGCCCCAGCCGGACUUCAACUGGCUGAAGUUCAGGUCUGACGACAUCACCGACGAGGACGAAAGAUACUGCCAGGGCUGA